AUUUUCAGGUGACAGAAAAAUCCCAGAGCAGCUCCGAGGAUAAUAAAUAUUUCUCUAGCUAUGAUGUCACAUCCAUGUGGGCGGGGCUAUAACGUCAUUUCAGAAGUAACCAAUCCUCACACAGGGCGCCAAGUUUUUAGCCUAUAAAAACAGCCUAGAACUUAUAAUAACAAAAAUAGCCUCAAAAACAUGGCGGAGAGGGAAGCAGACAUCGGAUUCAAAAAGGUAAGAUUUACGAUUUAUCUCCUCUUUCAGUGAAUAUGUACUCCAAGUUACAGCCACUCUGUUGAAAUAGAACAUACAUUUGUUGAUUUGAUUCACUCAAAUAAAGCGUUCGCACUAACAGAGCAUUCGUGUACCGGUCAUGAUAUUCGUGUACGUUGAGAAAAGUUAGAAUUUCAUAUAAGUUGAGAAUGGCGACUAUGUAUGUAUGCCGAAUCGAAGAGCGAUGCUUUGUCAUGCCUGCUGUGUGUCAAUAAGUGAGUAAAAAGCUGAAUAAAAGCUUUUGUUGCCAGUACAAUAAAAAUUGAAUGUUUUCCAAUGGCUGUAUGGUAUGAAAACACACACGAACACGAAUCCAACUGCAGCGUGUGCCAAAGUAAAUGCGCUGUUUGGGAAAACAUGUGAAGAGUUAUGUCCUUGUCUACUCAGUACUCACACUCCGCUUACAUUAUCUCUCUUCUCCUCAUUUACAGGAAUUGGUCAAAAAACUGCUGUCAAGUUCCUUCCGGGAUGACGACACUAAAAGUGAGCAGAACAAGUCAAGCUUUUAUUAAAUGACUAUCCCAGAAUUUACAAGUGUUCUUUUAUUUAUUUCUACACGUAAUCUCAACAUAUCUUACUCAUUUUACAGUAGGUGAAAAUGCUGCACGGCUCAUGGCAGAGAUGCUCAAAAUAUUUGUUCAAGGUAUGGAGUCCUCUUUGCCUCAGAUGGAUACAGAUUGUGUUGUAAUGAAACUUUGUGUGAUAAAUGUGUCUUCUCAAUUCCAGAGGCUGCUGAGCGAUCACAGAAACAAGCUGAUUCCGAGGGCUGUGACCAAGUAGACAUCGAGCACUUUGAAAAGAUCCUACCUCAGCUGGUGGGUGGCUUACCUGAACUAUAAUGCAUGAUCUUGGAUGUAGCUUCACCAAUCGCUGAAUAUUCCUUUUAACACAAGUGAAAUUAGUUUUCCUGUGCCUCAGGGCUUUACAGCAUUCUCAAGUUUGUAUUUUUGUUUCACAAACGUUAAAUUCUUAUACUGACCUUAGUGUUUCAUGUCCUUUUUCAAUGCAGCUGCUGGACUUCUAGCACAGAGAUGCCACUAGAGGGAGCCAGAGUGUUGCCUUCAGUCCUCCUCAGACCCUGUAUGUACAAGUUCAGUCCUUCUAAUGUUUAUGUUUUUUGUAUUACUACAUUUUCAUUGUCACUUAAACGUGCUGUAAAAUAAAGAUGCUCAUGUGGUAA